AUGGAUGUGUUGGACUUCUGUCGUCAACGGAACACUAAAAUUGAAGCGAGUGUUGUGAAAUCAUUACAAGAAUAUAUCGAGAAAGAAAACACCUUUCAUUGUGAUUUUAAAUUUAGAUAUUUGAUUGGGAAUAAAUUGAGAGUUUUGAUCUUUAAACAUUGGUUUUACUAUUUUUAUUUAUCGUAUUUUACAGGUUUACACAUUGAGAAGGGAAAGAAUGCGAAGUAUGAAUGUGACAGUUGCAAGAAAAUAUUCAUUUCGAAGAAUGGAUUUAUAUGUCAUCGAAGGAUUCACAGUGGAGAAGGACUCUUAUCUUGCGAAUUCUGUACUCGUCAGUUCAACUAUUCCAACAGGCUACGGGACCACGUCAAGACUCACACAGGAGAAAAACCCUUUAUCUGUGAUCACUGCAAACGGAGUUUUACACGAAAAGAUUUACUCAUUCAACAUCUGCGAGUUCACACAGGGGAGAAACCCUUUACCUGUGAUCAUUGCAAACGAAGUUUUACACAGAAAGGAAAUCUGAUUAAACAUCUGCGAAUUCACACAGUGGAGAAACCCUUUACCUGUGAUCAUUGCAAACGGAGUUUUACACAGAAAGUAACUCUGAUUGAACAUCUGCGAACUCACACAGGGGAGAAACCCUUUACCUGUGAUCAUUGCAAACGGAGUUUUACACAGAAAGGAAAUCUCAUAGAGCAUGUUCGGCGUCACACCGGAGAAAAGCCAUUCUCGUGUAAUUAUUGUUCAGCAAAAUUCUGUUCAAAGUCGGAAUUGAAUCGUCAUGUUGUUAGACUUCAUAAGAAUGAGAAUUUCAAAUAACGAUGACUUUUAUGAAGCAAAAUGCGAAAAAUCAGAUGGAUGAAAAUGAUUGACCCAUUGUAUUUGUUUGCAAAAAUCAUUUCAACACUCGUACGUAUUAAGAUUUUAUUGAACACAAAAAUAGAAAAUUAAGUUGUAUUUUCUUGGUUUAUAAGUUUUACAUUUUUAUAAAACCUUUGAUUUUGUGGG